AUGUCAGCUAUUCUAGAAAAAAUAGUAAACAAAAAGAAGGAAUGGAUUCAUGGUAAGGAACACCAACAAAGAAAUGCUCUUCACCAUGCGGCUUCUAUAGGUUACCUACAUGGUGUUCAGUUAUUGCUUGAAAGUUGUGAUACAUGUCAUAUGGGAACAGACAAAGAUGGAUUUUUUCCUCUUCAUUUGGCUUCUGCAUAUGGGCAUACUGACGUGGUAAAGAAAUUGCUAGAAAUUUGUCCAAAUCCCAGAGAAAUAGUUGAUAACAAAGGUCGAAAUAUCAUUCACAUUGCAGCUAUAAUGGGUCAAUUUAAUGUGAUAAAGUACAUCUUGCAAAAUGCAAAAGAUGAAGUUAAAGAUAUGAUAAAUGACAAGGAUUAUGAUGGAAACACUCCCUUGCAUCUGGCUGCCUCAUGUUGUCAUCCAAAAGUUGUGCAAGCCUUGACAUGGGACACAAGGGUUGAUCUCCAUUGCCUUAACAACAACAUUCAAACAUCUCUCGAUCGGCUAACAUGGUGUCUACUAAAAUCUGCUGGUGUACAAAAUGCUAAAAGAGGGCAGAAUAUCGAGAUCCCUUCCCCCUACAAGCCAAAACCCAAAAGUACAGAAUUUUAUAAAGACAGAAUCAACACUCUUAUGGUGGUUUCAACCCUUAUUACUACAGUAGCAUUUGCCGCAGGUUUUACUUUGCCUGGUGGAACUAAUAGUUCUGCUCCAGAACAAGGCAUGGCUAUUAUGUUACAUCACGUGUGGUUUAAACCAUUUAUUUUCUGCAUCACAGCAUCCAUGUACGGUGGUAUUAGUGUCAUUAUUAUACUCAUUUGGGCUCAAUUAGGAGAUAUAACUUUGGCUAUUUUUGCUCUUAAUGUGGCAACACCCGUUUUAGGAGUCACUCUUGCAACCUUAUCAGUGGCAUUCUUGGCUGGUGUCCACCUUGUUAUAAGGGAUCUCAGUUGGUUGGCCACUAGUAUUAUGAUUUUGAGUGUGAUCUUCAUUCUUCUGCUUUUGUUGCUAUACAUUCUUCUCUGUUUGCCCUCAGCAUCAAGCAACCUAAUAAUGCGAUGGAUUUCUUAUUUCCCUUUCAAGAUUCUCACAUGGUUAUUUGAGAAAACUUCAAUUGAAGAUAAGAAUAUGUGAAAGACUCCUUCGUUGAUCUGUAUGAUACUUAGAAAGUGACCCUAGAUCAAUAUCUCAAGCUAGGGGUAAGGAGCUUGGUGCAUAUCAACAUGUUUGAGUUGUGAUUUGAUAGUAUGAUAUUAGCGGAUGUUAAUAAGACACUCCCUUGUGGUGUUUUGUCUAAGUUAGUUGAUGUCAUCUGGUUAUGGCUAUAUGUGUUUGUAAGGCCAACAUAUUUUGUUGGAAACAUGUAAUUUCUCUAAACUCUUGGCUUGUCUGUGUGAGAUCCUAUAUAUUGGUUUGGUUGUGUAUGCAUUUAUUUGGACAAUGUGAGAAGA